UCACCCUCCCUCCCCCCCAGCAGCUCCAUCCACUCCCACGGGAGUCCCUCCCUCCUGAGUGGUUAUAGCGAGAUCUCCUCUUCAUUCCGCCAUGGGAAACACCCCCGCAAGUGUCUCCAUUCAGCCGCAGUCCCCAUAAUUCUUGCCUGCUCCCAUGAUGGGAUUUCUCCUAGUUGUGUACAUGCCCCUGGAAGGGGAGUGGGUCAUUCAUGCCUCCCGGAUGGAUACUCUCUGCCCUCCCUGGGCAUGUGCAUACACACAACUGAGCAUGCGGGCUGCUGCCGGGAUCAUAACCUGCACUGCUUCUGUCCCCGUAGGGUCUGCAAACGCUGGCACAGGCUGGUGCAGGACAAGAUGCUCUGGAGAUAUGUGGAUUUAACACCAUACCAGAUCAGCUCCAGGAUCUUGUGGCACCUGCUGCGGCAGCACCUGCGCAAUGGCCUGAGGAUACUGAAAGCGAGAGGAGCUCUGUGCUCAAUGAGAAAACAAAGAUUCCUUUCCCCCGCGCUGCUGCAGGCACUUGGGACGCAGUGCCCCAGCCUCCAUCACCUGUGCCUGACAGAGGCCGACCUCCGUCUGCUCCCAUAUGACUGUAUGCCAACUUCUCUGAGGACCUUGGAGCUGAGCCAGUGUGAGAUCCCUGCUGUGUGGUUCCAAAGAUCUGCACCUCCUGAGGCUCCCAGAGUCCUGCUGCAACUGCAGCAUCUCAUCAUCCAUAACGUUCCUGCUUUUUCUGAUCAGCAUCUGUUCAACAUCUCAUCUCAGAGCAGCUUGAGGACAUUGAGCCUCUCUGGAACCUACCGGCUGACCGACGCUGGGAUUCAGAGAGCAGCACCGCAUUUGGAAGACCUGGAGUGUCUGGUGCUGCACAAAUGUGUCAUUACAGAUGCUGCUGUUCACUUCAUCAGACGUCACAUGAAACAACUCCGCUCUUUGGAAAUCAGCAGUGCUUGCUCCCUAACAGAUGCAGGCUUGGCUUGUAUAGCAGACUUGAAGUGCUUAGAAACCCUCUGUCUUGCAUUCAGCCGUAAGCUGUCUCCUAACGCCAUUGUUGCUGUGUGCCAGGCACUGCCCCAGUUAAAACAUCUCCAUCUAGAUGGGAUUGACUUGGAAGACCAGACAAUACAGAAAAUUCAGGCGAGUUUGCCCAACUGCAGUUUCUAAUGUGCUCCCUGACAUGCGUUCCAAGUGGCGAACUACGUGAAACGCACGAGGGUGAGCUGUGGGAUAUUCACCCCGACAUAACAUCCAGAAUUGCUUCGUAUGGGCAGGUUCGUACCCCCCAAAGUACUUGCAGGCGGAAUUUUCUCUAGCUAAAACAGUGAGGUGAGCAGUGUCGAGUGAGGACUAGCCUGAUAGCUUGUAUCACCUAAAGACAGGCAGCAGAAAUUCUUUUCUGUGCUCUGCUUGGCUGAAGUGACCCCCACACCUCCUGCUAAGAAAAUAGCCAGGCCAGGUAGAUGGACAGCCUGUGUGGUCCAAUGGCCCGAUGAGCUGAUUUGGAUUGGAGACAGUUUGGCAGCGGGAGGAGGGGGAGGGGUUCUCUUUAGUUUAACCCUGUCUCACAUUAAACCUCACACAAUAGCUGAGCUAUCUCCAAGCACAAGAGAGUAAGUCAGCCGUCUCCUGAAACACAAAAGGGUUUGGUUGCCCAAAUUUGGACUCGAUAAAAUUUAACCCAGGUCAAAAGGCAUCUCCACAUUGCUGUGCUAUGAGCACACUCCUAACCAUGCCUAAUAGGAAGUGGAUCAAGGAUUAUACAAACAUGUUUAUAACAGAAUGAACCUUCUUACAGGCGUGGAACAAGCGGAAAGAAACUGGCAUGUUCAUUUUCCAAACAGACUCCAGCCGAGUACCUCAUAGUGUGGUGCAUAGGUGACUGUGGUUGUGUCUUGUCCUGUAGGAUGGAGUGGCAGGGGUUCUGCUGUGGCCCAGGAGGAUGCCUGGAAGGAGUGUAGGGAGCACCCAGAAUGCAGUUGUCUGCAGGAGGGGGGGGCGAGCAUGCACCUGCUUAACCUGAAGUUUUGUCAGAGACCACAGCAUGCCUGUCUGCUCCCUGAGCGGCACCAUCAUCCUUAUCUACCUGUUUAUCCUGUCCUCGCUAUCCCUCUGCGUUCUGUCCCGAGUGUCACCCGGCAAGCCUGGAAUCGGACACAGCGGAGCCUUACAGGCCCUCCUGCUACAUGUCUUCCCUUGUCCUCUUUCUCCUGCUAUUUGAAGGACUGCUCUACUGGUGUGGACGGAGAGGCCUUCAGUGCCACACUUGCAGCUGCAAAAGAACCAAGGGACAGAAGUACUAUUGUGAGUAUCCCCACCAGUUACAAGUACAAUGUUCUCUUUCCUUGGGAUCCGUAGAGCUGGGCUGCAGGGCCACCUCGUGGGACAGGGUGAGGCAGGACAGUGUCAGGCAUCGGUGUAAGCAGAUGGGGCAGUUGAAACUUCACUGGCUCCCACAGGCAGUGGAGUGUUAGCAGAUACCUUGCUCCUGCAGGUAACGGAGGCAGAAAGGAAUAGCCCCUGCAUGCGUUCAGCUGCUGACCUGGUCUGUAUGCAGUUAGCCUGUGUGCUGCAAUGAUGCCUACUGCAUUAAUUGUGCAGUGGCAUGGGAAAGUGACCCACUAUGGUGGAGGAAGUAGGGCAGCCGCCUCCCCCCCAGGCAGCCUUCGGCAGGGUUUGUAGACUGCUUCCUGAGAGCGCUAUGGAGGGUGCAGGGGACAUCCUGGUGCUGCAUGGCCUCUGCCUAGCUGUCCAGGGAGUGAGGCAGAUGGCAUCUCUUUCACUAACGGUUAUUUCACUGUCUCAUCUAGCCUGUUUGAAAACAUGAUAUGUGACCAGAUGCGUCCCUGCAAUACUGAAGCAAAUGUCCUUACCAGAGGUUCUUUCCCCUGCAUAAGACUUGCUGAUGCUGGAUCCUAGGGACUGGCUUGACAGCUCCCAUGUGGGGAAGAGGUCUGGGCUCACCACUCCACCAUCCCCCACACCCCUCUCCCUCAUUCGUCCAGUCAGGAUUCACUGCAGCAGUCAUGACUCCAACUUCUCAGAAGUAUCUGCAGGGCCCAGGGGGUGGGGAGGAGUCACCGCUGAGGAUGCCAUGCAGCUCCUUGUAGAAGCAGCAUGUUUGCACCUGGGCAUCACAGUAACUUUGCCUCCUAUGCCUUCUGGUGAGCCUGCUGUAGUUCCUAGGUUUUCAUGUUGCACUGCUGCAUUUCCCUGUUAUACCCCUUUUCCAUCAUGUCCCUGAGUCUCCCUGGCCAGGGAGAUCCAUGUUUCUGUGCCUGGAGCGGCGCUGUGCCUGCACAGACCCAGGAGAGCCAUCAUAUCUCGUGUGCUCAAGUCAGGGCAUGUUUGCUGCAUGCAACCAGUAUGGUCGGCUGGGCCGAUUCAAGGCGAGUCUCCCUCCUGAGCAAACAGGAGAUGGAAAUUCCAAAAUUCACAGGGCUUUAAAGGGCGAGGGGCAUUGGACAGUGGAGUUCAAAACAGUGA